UGCUCAAUGAUAAAUAUUUUGCGUUCCAUUUGUAUACAUUUAAGUUUUGAAAAUAGUAAAUAAUGUACUCAGUGUGAUCAAAAAUAAAAUAUGAAUUCUGUUAGAGGAAGUUUAGCCAGUAUACCAGGAGCAUUGAGCUCGUUUAUUAGUGAAAGUGCUUCCAGCUUAUUACAACAAAAUGGUUGCAUAGCUACUACAGCUCCAGAUGAUGACGUUAGUUCUACUACGUCGCAAAGUGACAAAUCAUAUCCAAUUCCAUCGUCAUUAGUUAAAGAACAAUGGAGAUUAAUUUUUACCUCUGAUGCCAAUGCUCAGGAUUUGGAAGCAGCAAUUGCCCAUUGCCGUGAUUUGGUUAUGCUCUCAGAUGAAUGUAGCGAAGAGCGACAUUGGUUAGUUCGUCAUUUGGUAAACUUACGAUACUCGCUAAAAGAGUUACAAUCUGCAGAAUCAGAUCCCUUAGAAACAGCGCCUCAUGUGAAGACAAUUGUUGGUCAUCACUUCAACGUACAACGAAGUGGACAUAUUGGUACCCGCCAAUAUUGUGACCAUUGUAGCGGAAUUAUAUGGCGGAUGAUCCAAGCUUGUUAUGUGUGUGUCGACUGCAAUUUUAUAGCUCAUCAAAAGUGUGUAGACAGCGUGGUCCGUAUAUGUGCACAUGUUAUAGCAUCAGAGCGACGCUAUCCCAUCGGAGAGAUUUGCCCAGAGAUUGGCUUAGCUGCGCAGCAAUACAAGUGUGCUGAGUGUGGAACUCUUCUAAACUUUAAAAAUUCCUGGAUCGAACCGCGUUUGUGUGAUUACAAUGGCCUUUAUUAUUGCCCAAACUGUCACUGGAACGAUUAUAGCAUUAUACCCGCACGUGUUGUGCACAACUGGGAUUUUACACAAUACAAGGUAUCACGAUCCUCUCUUCAAGAAAUUUCGCUAUUUUACGAUAAACCAUUGAUUAAACUUGAAGAGGCUAAUUCGAAGUUGUUUGUGUUUUUGGAAAAACUCGGUAAUAUCAAAAAGUUACGCCAAAAUUUGUGUCAUAUGAAAAAAUAUUUAGUGGAAUGCCGAACAGCAACUGAGGAAAAGCUUCUGGAUAAGCAAAUGAGUACUCAGUGUACCAACGAUAAUUCUGGUGUAAGUGAUUUACGCCGCCACCUUAUACAAUCCACCGAAUUUUUUUCAAUCAAUGAUUUAGAUUUGAUUGAAAAGGGCAUUUUAGUCGAUUAUCUACAAAAGGUGUUUAAUGGAUUCGAUCAGCAUAUACGAAAUUGCGAGUUAUGUCGCGCCAAGGCAUAUAUUUGUGAAAUAUGUGGCAAUAAUGAAGUAAUAUUUCCCUUCGAUGAUGGCUGCAUUAUGUGCGAUAAAUGCAAUUCAAUUUAUCAUCGUGUUUGUAUGACCAGAAAAAAUAUGAUAUGUCCAAAGUGUGUGCGUUUGCAAGAGCGUAAAAAUCAAUUAGCAAUUAAAAACAAUGAUGAUAUAAGUGAUAUUGACGAACUUUAAUAGAUAGAUUAAGGAUAAGAUUUUAUAUUUGCUAAUUUCAAUAUACAUAUGUAAAUAUAUAUUUAGAGUUUUUAUUCAAUAAGACUAAUAUUAAAAGGA